GUAUCUUCUGAAUUGUUUAUACAAAAUUCUCCAUUUUAUUCGUGUAAUAUAGUGAGUCAGGUAUUAUUAAAGCUUGCUAAACAAUUUAAGAAUGUCGAAGAAAUUGGUUUCAGUGAAUAUUAAUAUAGAUAGUACUAAUUUGUAUACUUAUAUACACAUUUUAACAGCACUCACUUGCAUAUUUUUCAUAUUCCUAAGGUAGAUUAAUACAAUAUUUAUUAUAAUCCAUCCUGCAUAUACCAAUAUAUAAUAAUUAAUAUUUUGAUUUUGAUGAUAAUAAUUCACAUAAUAUAUUACAUAAAAAAUUAAACUGUAAUAUUCAUACACACAAUGGCUACAUAAAAAGAAAAUAUAUCAAUAUGUUAAUGACCUUGGUUCGUAUUUUACAAUAGUAAUUAGUGGAAACCUAUACAGAUAUUUUGUACAGAAUUUAGUAAUAAAUUAUUUAUACUAUCAGUAUGAUGAUACAUAGACAUCAUAUAAAAUAAUUGAGUAUCAUCAUCAUCAUGUCAGGAGGAAGAAUGCUAAUCUGUGACACAUCAAUUAUAAAUAUGAUUAUAUAUCUAUGGUGAAGCGCAGAUGACAAGUAUCCUGUAAUUGAUAAAGCGCUUACAACAAGAUAGGCUUUGCAACACUCACUGGUAAUAAAUGCUUUAUGUAUUGAUUAAUUAGCGCUGGAAUUAAGAUUCAGUUGACAUUUUUUUCUAAAACUUGCUAUGUAAUGCUUGUAUUGGCAUAAAUUUAAUUCACAUACUUUUUAAACAAUAUAAGAAAGUUUAUUUUGUAUUUUUUGAAAAAUGUUGGUGUUUAAGUGAUUUUUUUUAAUUUUUUCUGAAUUUUAUUUUAAUAGUUUGUUGUGUUUUUUUAUAAAAACAUAAGCAACUAUUAAGUAGGUAUUCAUAUUAUAUAAUACGAUAAAAUAUAUAUUAUCAGACAAUAAUAAUUUCUGGCCCGAUGAGAAUCAACAUGAGAUCAUAAUUCGUAAGGUCCUUUUUUGCACUGAAUGAUGUAAAUACCUCCCAAAAACUAAAAAUCUGUUGUUUAAGUCAAAAAUCCACUUUGUUCUUUUUGUAUACAUCAAAUCAUAAUAAAAAAGUGCAUUUAUAAUUUUCAGGGCAUACAAGCAUUUUUAUGGUUUUAUAGGGCAAUUUUACAUUUCUAACCAAGUAAUAAUACUGCCAUCUUAUAUUUAAUCUAUAAUUUAUCCUGAUGGCUUGUUUUAAAUAAAAUAUAUUUAUAAUAAAAAUAGUUUUACUUUAAAAAUAAUUGUUUAUUAACAUAAUUGUGAUGGUUGGAAAUCAGUUUGUCUUGUGAUUAUUCAAACACAACAAAAGUUGUGUAAAUGAUGCCACCACCAUUUUUAAAUACUAAUAUAAGUAAACAGUAUGUGUGAUUUCAAAUUUUACAAUCAAUUUCAAUAAUGUACAGAAUACAUAAAAAAAUAUAAUUAAUGUUCACAGAAUAAAAAUAGUCUGUAUUAAAAAUCUUAUGUAAUAAAAUAAUGUCUAGUUAUUUUACAUUCAUGUAAAUGAUCAUAACAUUUUCAAGUUAUGUAAAAAUAAUAAUAAUACAAAUUAUAAAUCAACUCCCAAAGAAGAUCCUAACAGACUUUUUAACCAAAUUCUUGAAUCAUAUGAAGGUUGUUCACCACCAAACUCUGAAGGUAGAAUAUCUCUUGGAAAGUAUUCAUGUAGAGUAUUCAAAUUCAAACCAUGCAUAAUUAUCUAGUCAACAAGCAAUUAAAUAAUAGUUAAUAUUUAUUUAUCCCAUAAUAAUAUAAUAUAUAUUUUUUAUACCUAUUUAAUUAAUAUGUUUAGGUAAAAUGACAAAUUUAAAUUAUAAUGUGUUACCUUAUUUUUUGUUUUUUCUUUUAAAAACGGUUUGAUGACAGACAUGACACCAUCAAUAUACCAUGGUUGGUUAAUGAAAUGAACUGCCUUUAUUUUUGCUGGAAAGCUAUCUUGUAACCCGUGGAGCAUUACACGCAAUAAUCUUGGAUUGAUGUUCAUUGUUUGACGAGCAGUAAAAUUGGUCCAGUCAACAAUAAAUACAAAACCAUUAUACUGAGUGUUUACAUCCUGGAUCAAAUUUUCUAGAGAUACUAAUAGUGAUCUAUAUAUAGUUAGUAAACAAUAACGCUCAGUGUUCCAUUGGGAACAAACCAUAAAAAGAACACGACGACUUCGCCUAUAAAUCAAAAAACACUUACAUCAGAAAUCUAUUAUUUAAAAAAAAAAAUUUGAUGACAUCUUCAAUCAUUACAAAUUUAUAAAAAAUAAACUGUAAUAACCUAUCUAAAUUUGGCAGUACGGAAGGAAAACCAUCUUGAAUAGCCAUUUGUAUCUUAGGAUCAUAUGGUUCCAAUUGACGAAACCAUAAAUCAUGAUCUUUUCUAAAUUGAUAAUAUUUUUGAAUUAAGUCCAAUGCUUUGCCCUCAUUCAUUUUUCGUGCAUACAAAAACCUCAUUAUAAAUGCUUCUUUAUCAUUUUCUAUAAAAAUAGACUCGUUCUAUAUUAGUCAAUCAUAUUAUAUAAGCAUUUAACUUGUACUUAUCAAUUGAAAAUUAUAAGCAGUAUGUAAUGGUAAAAAAAAUUCUGUUGGCUUCUUUCACUAAAUGACUCCCAACCUCAUGUAAAUAUAAAUUGUAAAUAUUAAUAAAUGCCUACACAUUUUUAAUUUUCAUACCGCGCAUAUGAAGGCAUAGAUUGAAAAAAGUUUGUUUUAAUUAAAUUGGGGGGAAAGGUUUAUAAUGUAAAUAAUAUUGAUCACUGAGAAAUAUGUAAUCUACAAAUUAACAGGAUGUCCCAAGAAGAUAUACCUAUUGUAAUUUCUCCGAAGAUAAUAAAGACUAAAAUAUUAAAUUUAAAUUUCAAUUAAUUUUUUAUGUCUUCAUAAAAAAAUUAAAAAUAACUGAUCUUUUAUUCUAGAAAAAUUGUAUAGUUUAUUCUUCUAAAAAUGUUGAUAUAUUUUCAUUAAAUUUAUGAUUUUCAAUAAUUUUUUAAGACCAAAAAAAAAAAAUCUACAGUCAAGUAGCCAUAAAAAUAGUAAUAAUAAUCAAUUAUGCAAUUAUAGCAAGCUGCAUAGUUACAGAUACUUUUCUAUCCCAGCAAUGUUAACAAAGGUCCAUCAUGUUAUUUAGACGAAAAAAAAAAAGUACAUUUCUUUUCUCUUAAAUUUACAACAUUUAUUAAAAAUCACAAAUUUAAUGAAAAUAUAUUGCUAGACAUAAAUUUUCAGAAAAAUGGACUCUAUAAAAUGGCAAUCUUCAAAUUUUUCAAAAAUAAUAAAAUAAAGUGAUUCUUUUAAUUUUAUUUCCAAAAUAUAAAAAUUUAAUUCAAAUAUAAAUAUUUAUAUUCCUUACCCUUGGGAUUAUAAAAAAAUAUAUAUACAUAUAGAAUUUGAUUAUAUUAAAUACCUCAGAAGAUAUUGUAAUGGGUAUAUGUAAAUUAUGUAAAUAAAUAUUAUAAUAAAUUGAUUUGAAAUAUUAAUUUAGGCAGGUAAUAAAAUAGUGAGAUAAUCUCUCGCUUAAUUUUAUUAUCGUUACCAUAUUAUUUCAUUUGUUUUUUACUUUAUCAAGAGAUAAAAAAAAAAAAACAAAUCAUAUGUACCUUAAAAUGUACUAUUAUUAUUAUUAUUAUUAUUUUUUUAUUGAAUGAGAAUGAUUCAGGCGCAUUUAGCCAUCUAAAUUAUGUUAAUGCUACUCCCUCCCUUUAAAAAAAAACAAGUAAAUACUCACACCAUUAAUUAUAACCUCUAACAAAAUUACAAGGUUAAUAUAGAAAGACUAUUUAUCUACUUUUCCUAAAUUCUUUCUCUUUUUUUCUAAGCUUCAAAAUACAUUUUACCAGAAUUUUUCAAUAUCUUUAAUUAGAAAUUACUAUGUUUUAUUUAGUUAAUUAGAACCUAUACUUGUACAAUUAAAAUACAAAUAUAAAUAGGUACCUAAGUACACUUAACCUUACCGGCUAGAAAACCAAAUCCAUUAUUCUUGAGCAAUCUUUUUAGUCUUGACAAAGCUUCAGUAGGCGUAUUUUUCUUUAUAGUACGGUUAUGCAAAGGCUCGGGGAAUAAUUCGACACCAUAAUUGAAAUGUAAAAUAUUUUCCAUAUUAUUAUUUUGUUGAUACUCAGCAUAUUCUACCAUUUUUUAUACGUAGGAAAGUAACUAUAAAAUAUAAAAUAAAAUUUAACUUUAAUGCAUGGUGAUUAUUUUAAUAAUAUCAAGAUUCCAGGAAUGAAAACAAGGAAAAAAGUUUUCUAAACAGAUGUUUAUCUAUUACUUAUAUAAAAUGUGCAUUUAUCUUAAUUAUGCAAUAAUACUUUGUAUUAUAAUAACAAGAAGAUUAAAUACUCUUUAGGUACCUAUUACCAAAAAAAAAUAUGAAUAAAAAUAAUUAUUCGAGAAUUUUGUUGAUGAGUAAAUACCUACAUAUUAUUUAUAUUUUAUAGCUGAUUAUCAAUGUGGUUGGACUGAUUUUAUUAAGUAACAAAAAACAAUGGUGACAAAUAAAUCAUAUUUUUAUAUAUAAUGAAUUCCACUAAAAAAUAAAAGAUAAUAAAUAUUACGGAAUAACCAUAAUCGCGAUGUUAAAACGAAUCAACAAGUAGUUCACUAGUUUAACAUGUUAGUUUUAUUGCUUACGUAUUGUAGGUGUAUAAUAAUAAUGUAUAGAAGGAAACGGAAUAGCAGCAACAAAUGUUAAUACCUAUUGAAAAUUAACAUUCGACAAUUCUCCUCUAUUGCGUGCGGUCAAGUAUUCACCUAUAUUAAAUUCACUAUUAAAUCGGAGUAACUCAUUCAUUUCGUUAAUCACAAAAUGUCACCGUUUCUGUAGGUUGUACGCCCGUAAAAAAACUGUCGUCACGUCAUGUUAUUACUCAAAUACAGUUAGAGCGAGACAAACAAAUAAAACAAACAUUAUUAAAACAUGUCCUUAUCAGAAAUGAAUAACGUAACUAUAUUAGCUGUAAUAUAGCCAAGGUUUGCAGUUACCUACUGUUGCGUGACCAUGAUGAGUUAAUUAUAUUGUAGUUGUAAUAGGUAUUGUAUGUUUUGCUUUUGCAAAAUGCACGGUACUUGUCGUGUUAGGGCUAAUUGAAAACCAUCGUUAGGUAAUAUUUGUUUUACUGUGUAGGUACUUACAUCAAUGUACCCACUUAAUUCGUUUGUUCGACUGUAUUGUACUUACUUAAUUGUUUUUGGUCUCCUUCCAUAUGUAUUUUAAUAAAAGAUGAAAUAAGAACACACAAGCAGUAAAGCUCCGUGACUAAAGUCGAAUUUUCCCUCAGCGGAGCCGACUCUGUUGCCGUUUUCAUGUUUUUUUUUUUUUGUUUUUAAUGAUCAGAGAUUUAACAAAAAAGAUUUUAUCAAAAUAGUAAAGAUGGGCAUAUAGGUCACGGCCAUGAU